GGUAAUUGGACACUAGGAUCAAGGAAUCCCGUCUUUUUGAACCUUUUCUCCGCCGUUCACCCGGUCUGUUUGCUCUCCUCGUGUCGACCGGAGAACUUGUGCCGCUGCGUGGCUCCCUCCGCCGAUGAGCUUUUUAUUUUAUAUCGGCGAGGGUAUGAGGGAAGGUUGUAAUAAAUAAGAAGAGAAAUGCAGGGAUUCGUCAGGUUACAGUUGCACCGCUGAGCUGCCCCUGCAUGCGCUACGACGCUUCUUUACUCCCCGGUUUUUUUGCUCGUCUUCACACGGGACCAUGGAGUGAUAAACCGGGACGAAUUCACCCGGAGGCUUUUGGAUCAGAGCGCGGCGGCCACACCGACGCUUUACACUCCCUGGUGCCGACUUUAACAGCCAAUUGGGGGUAUACCUUUCCGUCUGGGAGAGCCUCGGGAACCCCUGAGAGUUCCCACACGGCUGUCGGACAGUUUCCCAUCUGAACAGCCGCUCACAGGCAGCCUGGAUGAGGCUGAGAAGAAGCGCCGGCUGCAUGUGAUUGUGUCCGAGAGGCAGCGCGGAGCUUCACCCGCUGAUAUGCUGAAACUCUACAGAAGAGGGAGAACGGGACACUACUUUUAAAAUCGCCCACAUGCACUGGAUCAAUUGCUGGAUUUGGGAACCGAUAACGCAGAAGGGGGGCUGGGGAUCCGUGGAGGCUGCCGGAGGAUGGAGCGGUGGAGCCGCCGGUGGUGAGAGCCUAACUUCGGGCCACUUUGCAUUUCUUCUCCCUGAACAACUCGCUCCCAGGACACAUGCAGGCCAAAAAACGCUACCUGAUCCUGCUCUCCGCCGGUGCAUGUCUAGUGCUUCUCUUCUACCUCGCAGGGGUUCAACUUCCAGCGGCGAGCAGGAGCCGGCAUGACCGCAGCAGCCGGUACCGGCCCGAGCAACCCUGGCCUCACUUCUCGGACCCGUUAAACCUCUUCGUGCCGUGGGAUCAGAGCGACACCGAGGAGUACAACCUGCACAUAUCCCCCAGGCAGAAGAGGGACGUCAACACGAGUGUUUACAAAGGCAAACGGUGCCGCAUGGAUUCAUGCUUUGAUUUCUCCCUGUGCCACAAAAACGGAUUCAAAGUUUAUGUUUACCCGCAGCAGAAAGGGGAGAAGAUCUCAGAGAGUUAUCAGAAUAUUUUAUCGACCAUUGAGGGCUCCAGGUUUUACACCUCGGACCCUGGACAGGCGUGUCUGUUCGUCCUGAGUCUGGACACUCUGGAUCGGGACCAGCUGUCCCCGCAAUACGUCCAUAACCUGAAAACCAAGAUCCAAAACCUGCCUCUGUGGAACGACGGCAGGAACCACCUCAUAUUUAACUUGUACUCGGGGACUUGGCCGGACUACACGGAAGAUUUGGGCUUUGACAUCGGUCAGGCCAUGUUGGCCAAAGCCAGCAUCAGCACCGAGAACUUCAGGCCCAACUUCGACGUGUCCAUCCCUCUCUUCUCCAAGGACCACCCGAGGACCGGCGGGGAGAGGGGGUACCUCAAGUACAACUCCAUCCCGCCUUUUAGAAAAUACAUGCUGGUGUUCAAGGGGAAGCGCUACCUGACAGGUAUCGGCUCGGACACCAGGAAUGCCUUACAUCACGUGCACAACGCGGAGGACGUGGUGCUGCUCACCACCUGCAAGCACGGCAAGGACUGGCAGAAGCACAAGGACGCACGCUGUGACAAGGACAACGCAGAGUAUGACAAGUACGACUACAAGGAGAUGCUCCACAACUCCACCUUCUGUUUGGUGCCCCGUGGCAGACGACUGGGCUCCUUUCGCUUCCUCGAGGCUCUGCAGGCUGCAUGUGUGCCGGUGAUGCUGAGUAACGGUUGGGAGCUGCCUUUCUCCGAGAUCAUCGACUGGAACACAGCCGCAGUGAUCGGCGACGAGAGGCUCCUGCUGCAGAUCCCGACCACGGUGCGCUCCAUCCACCAGGAUAAGAUCCUGUCCCUCAGACAGCAGACUCAGUUCCUCUGGGAGGCCUACUUCUCGUCUGUGGAGAAGAUAGUGCUGACCACACUGGAGAUCAUCCAGGACCGCGUGUUGGAGCACGGCUCCAGGAGCAGCCUGAUGUGGAACAGUCACCCUGGAGGACUCUUCGCCAUGCCGCAGUACUCUGGAUACCUGGGAGACUUCCCCUUCUACUACGCCACACUGGGUAUUAAACCGUACCCCAAGUUUACAGCGGUCAUCCAUGCUGUCUCUCCUCUGGUGUCCCAGUCGCAGCCCAUACUCAAGCUCCUAGUAGCUGUGGCCAAGUCCCAGUACUGCGCACAGAUCAUCGUCCUGUGGAACAGUGACAAGCCUCUCCCGGCCAAGCACCGCUGGCCUGCCACCUCAGUACCGGUCAUCGUCAUCGAGGGAGAGAACAAGGUGAUGAGCAGUCGUUUCUUGCCCUAUGAGACCAUAGUGACGGACGCUGUCCUCAGCCUGGAUGAAGACACAGUGCUGUCCACCACAGAGGUGGACUUUGCCUUCACGGUCUGGCAGAGUUUUCCAGAGCGAAUCGUAGGCUACCCCGCUCGCAGCCACUUCUGGGACAGUAACAAGGAGCGCUGGGGCUACACAUCCAAAUGGACCAACGAUUAUUCGAUGGUGCUGACCGGGGCCGCCAUCUACCACAGGUAUUACCAUUAUCUGUACACAAACUACUUACCCACAAGUCUGAAGGGCAUGGUGGACCAGCUGGCCAACUGUGAGGACAUCCUGAUGAACUUCCUGGUCUCUGCUGUCACCAAGCUGCCGCCCAUCAAGGUCACACAAAAGAAACAGUACAAGGAGACCAUGAUGGGACAGUCCUCUAGAGCUUCUCGCUGGGCCGAUCCGGACCACUUUGCCCAGCGGCAAACCUGCAUGAAUAAGUUCGCCAGCUGGUUUGGCGCCAUGCCGCUGGUCCACUCGCAGAUGAGACUGGACCCUGUCCUGUUCAAGGACCAGGUUUCCAUCCUCCGCAAGAAAUACAGGGAUAUCGAGAGGCUCUGACAGGACCGGCGCCCCCUCGGGGGAGAACCCACGCAGGGGGAGGCGCGAGAGAGAGACUCUUUGGAGAGUAGAAGGAGUAGUAGGACUACAGCAGGAUGGACGGGGAGCGACACAGCUCUGUCUUCCACUCAGCACAUUGCCAAUGACCACAGCGCCGCUGCUGCCAGGACUUGACGCAGGAGGGGAUGAAUGCGAAACAAGCAGAUGGCUUUUGGAUAUGAAAAAACAAACAAAACCCGCAAACACAGACAGACAAAGAGGAGUACACAAACUGAUGGACAUGCCAAACAGUCCUGUAUGUUUUGCAAAUGUGCAAACACACAGCACGCACUACUGACGACGAGAACUCUUGGAUAGAAUAUUUUUUUGUACAACGUGAACAAGGACGACGUUGACUUUCCUGCUCUCUCGGCACAUGUGCAGGACGGUAGAAGAGGGAAGGUGUCCACGAUCGCAAACCUGGCAACCCCACCCAACAUAAAUCCUACUGGUAGCCCCUAGCAACCCUCCCCAGUCUGCAUCAGGACGUAAUACUGGACUACCAAACCCCUGCUUUAUAGCCUGUUCUUCAGUUGGUUUGAUUUCUGUACAAAUCAGCUCUCUGGUGUCACUGUUGACCCUUUGUCCUCUCUGAGAGGUUUGAAAUCAGAGCCUCAUCAGUUAAACAUUUUUUCGUUCUCAAGGCAGAAAAGGUAAACAGCAGUGUCCAACCUGUUAUUACUGUGGCCUGACGCUUUUUUUUUUUUUUUUUUUUUUACAGCAAAGCAGCCAUUAUGUCGUAAAUUCUCAGCUAUCAAUACACAUCCUUGAGCCUGAAGUCUGAGAGCAUCCUGUCUGUCCAGUCCUCGGCUCAGUCCCAGAUUUGCUGAUGUGGCUUCCAUAAUGGUCUAUCAGCUUCUCUGUUAUCAGAGAUAAGUUAGAAAAACAUCUCGUUUCAUAUCCCUCUUCCUCUCAUUCUCACCACAGCAGCUGUACUUUUCUCAUCUUUUUUUUUUUUAUACUCACUUUCAUCAUCUUUUAUUUCCCCCCCCCAACCUCUGUA